AAAACGCGCGAGACCACGCCCCCUAACGACUUGACGCACAUUCAAAAAGCCAAUAGGCUCGUAGGGGUGUCCGCGGCUUAGCCAAUCAGGGAGCCGUAUUUUGAACCAAAGGCGGAGAGCUUCCGCUGGUUUGAAUUUUGAGAGUGCGGGAGCGGCGGAGGAGGAUCGAGUGUCCGGUGUCCGGUGAAGAAACUAAAAUGGACAUUCCCUCCCAGUUUGCUAGCAGAUAUAAGAAAGACAUGAGCAUAGAAAACUUAAGGGCCAAAGUUGCCCGACGUAAAUCCAUAACUCAGAAGGAGAACAGACACAAGGAGUUCAAAAGGAGCAGGGGUCUGUCACUGGCCGAUGUCAACGUGUCCCUUAUGAGAGAACAACAGGACCUGACUGUAGUAGAAGAAGCGAACGAAUCCUCACUGGUUAAUGGACUUGAAUGCAAGUCAGCAAAUCAAUGCAAAACUAAAGAGCUGAUCCUCCAAGAGGAACGACGUAUGAAGCUGCAGCGCUACAAGGAAGAGAAGCAGCUGAGGAAACUAAAGGAGCAACGAGAAAAGGCCGGUAAAGUCUUCAAAUGUGGAACCUACAAGCCCGAAGUGUCUUUUAUUCCCAUCCUCACAACGCAGACUGCGGCCAAAGUAAAGCAAAAAGAGAAGCCCCCUGCACCCAGCGUAACCAGAGUUACACGGUCUACAGUGAAAACAGAACCUCCUGCGAAAGAGACCAGGACACGGGCAAUUCCAGUAAAGGUCCUGAACAGUGACGCUCCUGUUAAUCGCGCAGGAACGAAAGUCCGAGGGCAGACUUCUGUUGUAAAGAAGAAUGAAAGGGAAAACAAAGUUUCUGCUAUUCCAUCUACAAGAACAACAAGAUCUGGUGCAAGUGCAGUCUCCAAAAUCCCAAGUGUCAGUAAAGUGGUGCCAAAAAAUUCUGCAGCUGCAAAACCACAAAAACCUACAAGGGAUAUCAGCCCAGAAAUGGUAAUUGACAAAAAUGAGCCUCCUGUCAUUGAUCAAUCUAAUGAUAAAGAGCCUGAGUCGGAGCCCAUCCACAAAGACACGUGUGUGGAAAGUGAGAGCGUGCCAGAGACAUCGCCUGUCAAACAUGAAAGAAAACCAUCCUUUGCUCCACAUAACUUUGUCUUCCAGCCUUUGGAUGGCUUGUCUACAUUUACCUUUCAGCCCAUGACCCCUAACAGGGCCAACGCAUUUCUGACCCCUACUUUCACUUUUAGCCCCUUGGAUAGUAGAAGGAACUUUGUGGUUACCAGAGAACAUAACGCAGAAGAUCAGGAGACUGUGAUGUCCCCAACUGAACCAUCACCGACAACCACAGAAGGAAAACUGGAAGUAUCCCUCAAUGCUUCUACUCAGAAUGAAGAACAUACAAGUCAUGCCAACUGUGCGCCACAAGCCAGUCCUGCACUGGCACCUCCACCUUGUGAGCCAACCGCAGAGGAUGUCACGACCACACUAGUGGAGCAGCCUUCUCAUGAUGUACCGUACUUCAGGAACACCUUAAAGUCCGAGAUUCAGAGGUUGACGUUGCUCUGUAUCGACUGGGAUAAAAGGAUUGAUAUGGACAUUCCAGAAGAUGCCAAAGACCUGAUCCGAACCACAGUUGGACAGACAAGACUCCUGAUAUCUGAACGGUUUAAGCAGUUUGAGGGUCUGGUUGACAACUGCGAAUUUAAGCGGGGAGAGAAGGAAACCACGUGUACAGAUCUCGAUGGCUUUUGGGAUAUGAUUUAUUUUCAGAUUGAAGAUGUGAUUAAAAAGUUUGCUAAUCUGGCAAAACUAGAAGAAAACUCCUGGCAGCAGAAUACAGUUCAGCCUAAGAAAGUUGUAAGGAAAAAGAUUGCUCCAGUUGUAACUGGGAAGCAGAACCAAGGAGACAAUGGGAGAGCUGCUGCCAGAAGUCGCCUUGCUUCCAUCAAAGCUGCAAUGAAAAAUAGGGUUAAAGUAGAGGAGUUUGUGGUUGAAGGAGACGCCCCAGUUCUCCCCAUGCAAGUGGAUCCAGUUGUGUUUGAUGCUGGAUUCUUUAGGAUUGAGAGUCCUGCUAAGCUACCUGGAAGUCUUAGAAAAAAUCUAAGUUCUUCUCAGACUAAUACACCAACAUCAACCAAAAAAGUUUCACGGAACUUGGGAACACCAGUCGCUAAUGGGAUAGAAGAACCAGCGCAGGACUGUAAACCUGAGGAGUCUUCAAGCCCCGAGAAGCUCCCUGUAAGAAAAGCCCUUUUUGGUAUACCACAAGAAGACAGUUUGCAGAACCAAGAACCAGAUCCCAUGAUGCAGUGUCCUGAGCCUACAGAGACUGAUUCCGUUCCAGCGGUGGCCGACCUCGCAAAGUACCUAGUUCAGACUCAUGCGAUCAGCUUGACAAUAGAGGAGUCUCCGGGGCUCGUGAAAUGUUUAGGCCUUGAAGAAAGUGAAAUACAGAGUGACAGUGACACGGAGGCGGCUGUUGACACAAGUGUGACCGAUGACGUCUUCAUGUGCAGUCCAGAAAAAGUCAAACCUACAACGGAACCUUCCUCUUCACUAGAGACUUCGGAAGUGGUGCCAGAUGAUCCUAUGUGUCCCCUACAACCUUCGCUUAUGUUAUGCCCGGAUGUGAACACCACCAGCGAUCCACUUGACUUCCUUGGAAGUGGCACCCCGAUCAUGGCUGUACAUUCACCUAUGAGGGUCGAACCAGAUGCAGCAUUAACAGACUUAAUAAUGUUUUCACCAAUGGAGAACUGAUCCACUUUGCUAUGAAGAAAGAAGCGACAUCAAAUCUGUACAGACCGGAAGUCAGGAGUCUCUCCUUCUAAACCUAAUUAGAGAUGAGCGAACUUGCAGUAAAUACGAUUUGUCACAAACUUCUCGGCUCGGCAGUUGAUGACUU